UUAUGUUAGAUAAUGAAAUAGACAUCCUCAUUACAGUCCCAGAAUUCAAGAAAAAUGAGGAUUUAGUCUAAUAUCGAGUUCAGUAAAAUAUCAAUUAUAAUUUUUAGGUUUAAAUACUAAAAGUCACUUUAAAAGUUUGAAUAUCAUUAUCGAUAUUCAGAACUUAAAAAGCUACAUGAGACUCUAGAAACAUUAAAAGCUGACUUACCUGCUUUCCCAGGAUCAUAUUGGUGGAAAUCUGUCAAUUCUAAUAUUUAACUUAUAGAACAAAGAAGAUAGCUACUUGAUUGUUAUUUCUAAAAUUUGAUCUAAAUCAAACUAGUUAGAGAUUCUUUGAUAUAUAAAAACUUUAUUUUAGCCGCCUAAAAAGAAAAUGAUAAAAAAGUUUAAAAAGUAUUUAUAAAUCAUUUAAUUAAGGAAACUAAAGAAAAAGCAAAAAGAUCUGAUAAUUAGAACAAAACAAAAAAGAAAAAAGAAUAAUUUGGUUAAUUUAUUACUCCUAUGCCAAAUCCAGUGAAUUUACCACCAACUCCUGAAGAAAGAAAAGAAAGAUCUUAAUCUGUCGAGCAAAAACCGGCAAAUAAUAAAUAAAGAAAUGAAAGGAAAAAAACAAGCAAAUAAUAAUCACCAGUAUAUAUAUUGAUAAUAUCUAGGUACUUAAUUUUGGUGGAUCUAAAAUAUUCAGAGGCAUAUUAUCAAAUGCUGCUAAAUAAUGAG